UGAAUUUUUUUUCAAAAACUUUCAAACUUUUGAACUUGCAAAAAGGCGAAAGAAAUUUGAAAUAACAUGUAAAGAUUAGUGAUAAAAAAUUUGAAUCUGAAUUUUUUCAUGUUCAAUUAAUUCUCUGAGCUGCCUCUGUAGAGAACUCCGGUGAAAAUAAAAUUGGAAAUUUGGAAUUGAACUUCAGAUUUUUUUGUGUGAAGUUCGAAACUUUCAUUUUUUGUACAUAAGAUUCAGUAAAACACUCGAUGGAAUGGUAGAGAUGAACCGAUCAUUCUGAAAUUCUGAAUCUGAUCUCAAUUUAUGCUCAUUGAAGUCUCAAAAAAUUGUAUCCAGCAUGAAAUUUCUACAUUUUCGCUCUGUUAUUUUCAAUAUCAGACGUCAUAAGGCAACCGUAAUAGAUGGGAAAUCCGUAGCGAAUAAAAUUUUGGAUAAUUUAAGAAAUGAAGUAGAAACUUUCAAAUAUCAUAGUAAAAGAAUUCCUCAUUUGAAAGUAUUACUUGUUGGAGAUGAUCCAGCCAGUGCUUCAUACGUGAAAAACAAAACGAUUGCGGCCAAAGUUGUAGGCAUUGAGACCGAAACAGUAAAAUUUGCUCCGGAUAUUCCCGAAGAAACGUUAAUCAAUACCAUCGAUCAUUUCAAUCGAGAUGACAACGUUGAUGCUAUAUUAUUACAAUUACCUUUACCAGCUAAAUUCAAUAAAGCAAUUUGCCAAAAAAUCUCACCUGAAAAAGAUGUUGACGGGUUUACGUUUCCUAAUUUUGGUAAAUUUUGUCUUCAAAUGGAUUCCUUCGUUCCUUGUACUGCCUUAGCGAUACAAUAUCUCCUUCAUGAAAGUGGGAUAGAUAUUACUGGUAAAAAUGCUGUGAUUUGUGGCCGUUCAAAACAUGUCGGAUUACCAAUUGCUUUGAUACUUCAAUCCGAUUACGAGCCAAAAAUAGGAAAUGGAGCUAAUGUUACCAUUUGUCAUACACAUACACCGAAGGAACAAACAGUUGAAUUUUGUCGUAACGCUGAUAUAUUGAUUUCUGCUACAGGUGUCCCUUCUCUAAUUCGUGGCCAUAUGAUUAAACAGGGUGCAUUCGUGAUCGACGUAGGGAUCUCUAGAAUAACUGAUCCAAUUACAUCAAAAACUAAGCUUGUAGGUGAUGUGAAUUUUGAAGAAGCUGUACAAGUUGCUGGAUACUUGACACCUGUACCUGGAGGGGUUGGACCUUUGACUGUAGCUAUGUUGAUGAAAAAUACCAUCACUGCUGCCAAACGCAGAUUUGCUGCGAAGUGAUAUUAAUUAUAUUAAGGGGAUGAAUCGAUUAUGAGUAUUGAGUAUUGAACAGUAUUAUCUGAAUUGGCGAAAAUAAAUCAUUUUCUUUAAUUUA